CACAGCCACAAGGAGAGCUAAAGGGAGACACGUACGGAAAAGUUGCGAGUCAGAAAAAAGGGAGAGGCUGCAUAGGGUUUAUUCAUGCACUGUCCUGUAACUGGAUAUUUUACACAGGAGACACACAGACACACAUCGAGGACAACAUAGACUAUUUGCUCUGAGACUCGUUCCUGGUAGGUUUAUGUCUCUAUUCUGCCUGAACUAUGACAGAAGAAACAAACUCAGAACUUCUGCAGCCUUCAGCCGCUGGGUCAAGGCAACAUUUUCUCCGAGAUGUCAUCUUUCAUGGCAAGUUUAGGGCUCUCAGUCCAGAGGAAAGCACCAGUUGCCAUCAUGGACUUUACUUCCAGGACGGUCAGCGUCACGUCGACUACAUUCUUACUUAUCCUGUGAGGAAGUCGGGUGGAGGCCGCUCCAGUCGACAGUCAGACCACAGUCUCACAGAGAACCUCGUUUCGCGCAACCUAAGCCAAAGCAAGCAGACCCAAGGUGGAUCCACAGUAGCUGAUGUGGAAAUGGGUGUUCUGGGAGAAACGUUUAACAGCCAAGAGGAUCACAAAGCAUUCAGGAGGGAGGUGUUUGAGAAAAAUCUGAAAGACAUGGGACUAGAGCUGGAAAAAGAUGAGGAAGCCAUGAUUCCCGGUUUGGGCUUUGUAAAGAUCCAUGCGCCCUGGAACGUUCUCUGUCGAGAGGCAGAACUAAUGAAGCUAAAGAUGCCCACCAAGAAGGUGUAUGAAGUCAAACAAUCAAGAAGUGUCAUGAAGAAAAUCAGCUCCCUGGUCAAUAAAGUGCUGGAGCCGCUGCACCCUAAUGUUGAGGAACAUCAUUCCAAGAACAUCAAACACCUGUCACACUCUUUCUCCAGGGAAAAACAACACCUGUUUGACUUCUCAGACAAGGAUAAUUUCUUUGACAGCAAAACCAGGAGUUCCAUAGUAUUCGAAAUAUUAAAAAGAACCAAAUGUAAGGCUAAAUACAGCAUGGGGAUCACCAGUCUCCUUGGUAGUGGAGUUUAUACAGCCGCCUAUCCUCUUCAUGAUGGAGCUCUUGAGGAGGAGAGUGCAGAACCCAAUGAUAGAAAGCUUUUGUAUCAGGAGUGGGCAAACUACAGUGUCUUCUAUAUGUACCAGCCCAUUGGACUUGUUCGGAAAUAUUUUGGUGAGAAGAUCGGCCUUUACUUUGCAUGGUUGGGCCUGUACACCCAGAUGCUCAUUCCUGCCUCACUAGUGGGUGUCAUUGUGUUUCUCUAUGGAUGUGCAACGGUUGAUGACAACAUACCAAGCAUGGAGAUCUGUGAUCCAAGGAACAACAUCACGAUGUGCCCUCUGUGUGACAGAGUGUGCAGCUACUGGAAACUCAGUACAGCAUGUGGAACUGCUCGUGCUAGUCACUUGUUUGAUAACCCGGCCACGGUUUUCUUCUCUAUAUUUAUGGCUCUGUGGGCUGCAAUGUUUAUGGAGCACUGGAAGAGGAGGCAGAUGAGACUAAACUAUGAGUGGGAUCUCACUGGAUUUGAAGAUGAAGAGGAAGCUCUGAAGGAUCAUCCCAGAGCUGAAUAUGAACUCAGAGUGAUGCAGAAGUCUCUGACGAAAGACAAAAAAACCCCACAGAAGAUGGAAAAGCUCACAUGUAGAGAUCGCCUUCCUGCAUACAUGACCAACAUUGUCAUGAUGCUGCUGAUGAUUGGUGUAACGUUUGCCAUUGUGUUUGGGGUGAUCCUUUACCGGAUCUCCACCAAAGCUGCUCUAUAUAUGAGCUCCAGUCCAACCACAAGAAGUCACGUACAGCUGACAGUUAAAACUACUGCAGCCAUCAUUAACCUCGUGGUCAUCCUGAUUCUGGAUGAAGUGUAUGGCGCUGUGGCCCGCUGGCUUACUGUAUUAGAGGCCCCUAAAACUGAGAAGAAUUUUGAGGAACGGCUUAUUUUUAAGACUUUCAUUCUCAAGUUUGUCAACGCUUUUACCCCGAUCAUCUACAUUGCUUUCUUCAGGGGAAGACUGGUGGGCAGACCGGGUAGAUAUUUAUAUGUGUUUGAGUCUUACAGAAUGGAGGAGUGUUCUGAUGGAAGCUGUCUAAUGGAGCUGUGUAUCCAGCUGAGUAUCACCAUGUUGGGAAAGCAACUCAUUCAAAACAACCUUUUUGAGAUUGGAAUACCCAAACUGAAGAAGCUGAUUCGAUAUAUUCAGUCAGAACAAGGAGCUUUUCAAGAAGAGGAGAGACAGAAGAAAUUGCGGAGAUAUGAAACAGACCACUUCUUGGAACCAUUUGGUGGACUGACACCUGAAUAUAUGGAAAUGAUUAUCCAGUUUGGUUUUGUCACAUUGUUUGUGGCAUCCUUCCCACUCGCUCCACUAUUUGCUCUGCUCAACAACAUAAUUGAAAUACGCCUUGAUGCUAAGAAAUUUGUGACUGAGUUGCGAAGACCAGUGGCAGCAAGAGCCAAAGACAUUGGUAUAUGGUAUGACAUUCUGAGAGGAGUAGCAAAAGUUGCUGUCAUCAUUAAUGCAUUUGUCAUCUCCUUUACAUCAGACUUCAUCCCUCGGAUGGUCUACCAGUAUAUGUACAGCCCCGAUGGCUCCUUGCAUGGAUUUGUCAACCAUACGCUGUCCUACUUUAAUGUCAGUCACUUUGAGCAUGGCAAAGAAACUAUGGAUCCAAUGCCUUAUGGAUAUGCCGUUGAAGUUUGCAGGUAUAAGGAUUACAGAGAGCCUCCAUGGUCACUCACACCAUAUGAGAUCUCCAAGGAAUUCUGGGCCGUGCUGGCUGUGCGACUGGCUUUUGUCAUAGUUUUUCAGAAUGUUGUGAUGCUGAUGAAUGAUAUUGUCGACUGGCUAAUCCCAGACAUCCCCAAAGAUAUCAGCCAACAGAUCCACAAGGAGAAGAUUCUGCUGGUUGAACUCUUUAUGAAGCAAGAACAAGGCAUGAUCAAUGUACUUGAGAGGGGGGCCUCAUCAAACAUCAAGGAGACCCAAAGAAGAAACAACAACAACAACAGCAUACCGGCUCAUCCGUUCUCUAAAGAGCAACCCAAUGGCACCAAAAAAUUCUAAUAGUAGCAAGGAUGUCUUUAUUAAACAGUCUUAUAUAGUCUUAUAUAGUUUUUGUUUUGCUCAGGCCAAUCUUAAUUUGUUGUUUCUAUUCAUGUCUAAAACAUUCCAACAUCUUUAAGAGCAGCUGGCCUAUCAAGUGUGAGAAUAGUGAUGUGCUCAAAUGUUUUGCAUUUGUGACGGUUUUAUGAAAGAAAAUCUCAGUCUGUUUCCUCAGCUUUUCUUUGCUCUUAUAUAUUUGUAUUCAACUUUGCAUGCAUGGUAACAUACGAGAAAUUGCAUUUAAAUCUAACAAUGUUCAUGAAGAGAUCACAACAUGUUUGUAUAAAAUUUACAGAUAUAUAUAUAUAAAAUAAAAAAAUGGAUAUUC